CCUGGACUCAUCCAUCGCUUUUCUUUUAUGCGGGCAGAUGGCUCGUGUGUGGCUUAUGCUGGUAGCCGUGGCUGGGGAGAAGGCCAUCAGCGACGCGGAGUGUGGAGUGGUGGAUCGGUCCGAGCCAUUGCGCUGUCAUCAAGAGGUGACGACGGAUUGCCCAGGCCUGGGCCAUUUGCGAGGCGUUUGCCCGGAGGAGUGCCCCUUUGUGGCGCCCCAUUCUUACCUCAGCUGUGUCUUCCAAUGUGCUUCUGCCUCCACGUGCUCACAAGCCAACGCGAACCGCGCGUUCCCGAAUAACGCCACCCAGCUGUGCGAGCCCUGCAGCGUGGUGGGCUGCAAGCGCUGCGCCUCCGAGGACAUCUGCGCCGAAUGCUUCGACCACUUCUGGCCGGAGUUCGGCGGGCGAGUUUGCGUGUACGAGUGGGAUGACCGCGCCCAGCAUGGGGUUCACGCCAUUUUCGCCUUCGGCCUCUUGACGGUGCUGCUGCUGCUUGCAGGAGCUUACAUCAUCGACAGAUGCUGCGGCCGCUGCCUUCCGCAGGAGAUAGAAGGCGAGGCUGAUGAGCUCGAGGAUGAGGAAGAUGCCCUUGUCCGCGCCCAGCAAGAAAGCAGCCUACCUACGGACCACCGAGUCACAUCGCUGUCCAUCAACCAGGGCAAGCUGCACCGCCUGCGGUGCAAGGUGAAGAACCUGGAGCCGCACUCGGAGGCUUUGAAGCACUCGGGCAGCCUGCUGCAGCACAUGGAGCUCCAGCAGACCUCCCUGGAGCGAGGCUCAGGGCGGUUGCUGGGCCGCUUCAAGAACGUGCCCUUCGGAGUGGACUUGCGGAAAAAGUUCCUCGCGGGGGUCGGCCUGCCCCUCUUCCACCAGUGGCACUACUUCCUCACCUUGUACAGCUUGCUCAUGUGUGCGGGGACCGCCUGGAUCUACGUGGGCUCGGACCUCAGCGGCCAACUCACGCGCACUGGCCUGGACCAUGCGUCCCACCUGCCCUUCGCGGAGAAUGCCAUGGCGCUUUGUGGGCUGAAUGCCGAGCAGAACCAUUUGGGCCUUGGAACGCAGGACUUUGGGUGGCGAGCAGCCAGAGGAUAUCUGCUGCUUUGGGUGCUGGGUUUGAUCCUUUCGCUUCUGCACACGAUGCGGCAGAAGCGGGUCUGCCAGAGCUUCCAUCGCAGGCAUCCCUCGCUGGCGGAGUUUGCGCUGAAGCUGGAAGGCUUCCCGCCCUCCGCCACCAACGAGGACCAAAUCCUGGAGUUCGUGCGCCAGUGCUUCGGCAUCCGGGACCUGCAGAUCUCCGUGUGCUACGACUAUCGGGAUCGGCGGCAGAGGGUGCAUGAGCUUCUGGAGAAGAUCCUGGUGGAAGAGGAUGUGACCGCAGGCGCCUACCAUCCAAGCUUGGCCGGGGACAAGCUCAGUGAGGAGGAUCGUCGCGAAGUGAGGCGGUGGUGUGAGCCUGGCCCUGCGGCGCUGAAGAACGCGGGCUCCGUGUUCGUGAUCUUCCGGUACAACUACGACUUGCAGAGCGCGCAGCAGCAGUUUCCAGAACACCACCGCCCUAGUGAAAAGGUGCCGAUGUUGCCGCACUCCUUGACCCCCGAGUUCUUGCCCUCCGCGCCGCUGCAUUGGGUCGGAGAAGACGGGCGCAUGCACAAGCUGACGGUCCGGGACGUGGCGUGUGAGCCACCGGAGGUCGCCUGGGAACAUCUGGGCCUGGGCCUUUCCGCGGUGUACCGCCGCUUCGCCUUGGCCUCGCUGGCGGUCCUCGUGAGCUUUGGCAUCAUUGCGGCUCUGGUUUUUGCGCCGCUGGCAACUUACUCCAUCAACUACGUCUCCCAGGCAGGAAGCUUGCCGACGGGGGUGAUGAUGUCUGUGAUGGGCAUCGUGGUGAUGACUGUGAACUGGAUGAUUGGCUUGCUUCACGUCUUCGUCGCGUCGAAGGUGGGCUUCAGCCGCCGAGACCGCGAGGGCUUGCUGAUUUUCAAGGCGUUCUCGAUGCUGUGCUUCGUGAGCUUCUUGUUCAACGUGGCCCUCACCAUCUUUCCAGAGAGCAGUGCUCAUCCCAUCCGCUUCCUCUUGCAGCCCUUGGGUGAGGGAAGGGCCAUCACCUCGAUGCAGGACCUCUCGUUCCAGGUGCGCGCCUCCGUUUCGCUCUUCCACGUGCUUGUGCCAGGGAGUCUCUUUAUCGGCUACCUGCUCUUUCCUUUGCAGGGCUUUGUGUGGCCUUUCGUGUCUACGAUGUCCUGCCUUCGGCUUUGGCAUAGAUGGAGCUUCGUACCGGAGCUGCGGGCAAGGGAGGCUGAGAAGGCCUUUGAGCCUCUGGGGAUGAGCUUGGGCCACGACUACAUGGGCUUCAUCGUGCAGCCGCUGAGCUGCAGCUUGACGCUCUUCUUUGCCUCCGGGGUGGCCUGGCAGACCUUUGGCUGCCUGGCGCUCUGGAGCAUCUUCAUGAUGCCCUUCACCAGGUACAUGCACUUGCGGGCGAUGCGGCGGUGCUAUUUCUCCACCAACCGCAUUGAUAUGGACGUGCAGUUCGUUUGGGGCUUCCCCCACUCCCAGGUCCUUGCUGCCAGCGCCUUUUGGCUGGCCAGGAUACACAACUGGUCGCUUCUAAUCGUCCCAGUGGCGUGGCUUUCAGCCCUUGCAGUGUACCAUGUGCUGCUCGCGCUGGUUGUGCAGCCACUGGUCUUCCCCAAGGAGUCCUGCCACGCCUGCAGCCGGCCCAGCUACGACGAGGUGCGCACGAGGCGUUUCUACGACUGGCAGAACUGCAACCCCAUCAAGGUGCUCUUGAGCCAUUGCCUGGAGGGUGAGACUCCGAUUCCGCCCUUCGAAGUGGGCAAGGAGUAUCUCCAAGAGAACUGCAGCGAGUGGAAAGCGCGAGCGGAGAAGAUCCGUCGCACGCACGGCGACAUGUGGUCACUGCCUUCUGACCAGCCGCCGGGAUACGCGCAAGAGAUUUGUCCCGAGCUCUUCCCGCUCAUGGUGCCGGAGGUCGAAGACCUCUUGCAGCGCCCCAUGGAUUGGAUAGGUCAGGCCAGCCGAAGCUUCUCCGUGACCCAGCGCGGCGCGACGGCGCCUGAGCCGGCGCCGGCGGAUCCAGCGCCGGCGGAUGCGGCGACAGGAUCGGAGUGAGGUUCACCUCGCCGCGUUUCGCCUGAGACCCAAUCCUGCAAAAGGUUAAGGGGCAUCUCGUGCAGGAACAGUGUCUGGCCAAACUUUCAAAUUUUGGAGUUCGC